AUUCAGGAAGCAGCAGUCAUAGUCAUGGACACUGAAGGAUCAAAGAGUUUAAAAGUUGACCUGGAGAAACUGUUCACCAAGCAAGAGAGGAUUGGGAAGGGGUCGUUUGGAGAGGUCUUUAAAGGCAUUGACAAUCACACGCAACAGAAGGUCGCUAUAAAGAUUAUUGACCUGGAGGAGGCUGAAGAUGAAGUGGAAGACAUCCAACAGGAGAUCACAGUCCUCAGCCAAUGUGACAGCCCCUUCAUCACUAAAUACUAUGGCUCUUAUCUGAAGGACACAAAACUGUGGAUCAUCAUGGAAUAUUUAGCAGGGGGGUCUGCUCUGGAUUUGCUGGGACCUGGAGCUCUUGAUGAGUCCCAUAUCGCCACCGUCCUCAGAGAGAUCCUGAAAGGUCUGGAUUACCUGCACUCCAAAAAGAAAAUUCAUAGAGAUGUUAAAGCCGCUAACGUCCUGUUGUCAGAGCAGGGUGAUGUAAAGCUAGCUGAUUUUGGUGUGGCCGGGCAGCUCACAGACACACAGAUCAAGAGGAACACGUUUGUGGGCACUCCAUUCUGGAUGGCACCAGAGGUCAUUAAACAGUCAGAUUAUGACUCAAAGGCAGAUAUCUGGUCAUUGGGCAUUACUGCAAUCGAGCUAGCAAAAGGAGAGCCACCCCACUCUGAUCUUCACCCCAUGAAGGUGUUAUUUCUCAUCCCUAAGGAAAACUCACCCACACUGGAUGGAAACCACAACAAAGCUCUCAAAGAAUUUGUAGAUGCCUGUCUCAAUAAAGACCCCAACUUUAGGCCAACAGCUAAAGAGCUUUUGAAACACAAAUUUAUAAUUCGAUAUGCCAAGAAGCCAUCAUUCCUGGUGGAUCUUAUCGACAAGUACAGGAGAUGGAAAGAAAAACAGGCCCGCAAUGAGUCAAGCUCUGAUUCUGAAUCAGAUGAUGGUGAAGCAUCUGGAGAGUCUGUGGCUGAUGACUGGAUCUUUGGCACUGUCAUAGGACAUAAGCCCACAGUGAAUCAGAAUGGAGUCGUAAUAAAAGAAGAACCACACAAAGAGGUGCCAGAGACUACAAAGAAGCCUCCGCCCAAGAGCAAAGAGUCUAAGUCCUCUAUUAUUUUACCAUUGUUUGCAGAGCUGAAGCAGAAGCAAGGUGUUUAUAAGCCGGCGGUGUUAGAGGAGCUGAAGCAGGCCAUGCUCCUGGCUGAAGAGACAUGUCCCGAAAUCACUGACUCAAUGGUGACAAGGGUGGUACAGAGAUUAAAGAGGUUUUCCUCUCAACACUGACUGACUCUCAAUGCCUCUGCAUAAAGACUCUUUCUUCUGUGGGUUUCU